GGAAUAAUAUAUGUGGGCGUGUGCGCACGUGUACAUUGACUAUGGCAACAAUUAAAGAGACUACGCCAUUGCUGAAAAAAUUUGAUAAGAAAGUUUUGGAAAAUCAACAAGUUAUAUAUGAGGCAAUUCCACCUAUAAAUCCAAACAUUGAAUUACAACAAUUUUCAGAUACAUCAGAAAAAUUUGAUGAUUCUUUAAUUAAUAAAGGCUUAGACAAACGGUAUAAGGGUGCAGAUAAGAUUGCAAUUACAUACAUGUGGAAAAAUAUCAGUGUAUACUGUACUGAAAAAAAUAAACGGUUUUAUGAUUUUUCAACGCAUAAUAAUACUAAUAAAAUAAAAAAGCAACUCUUAAAAAAUGUUUCUGGAAUAGCGUAUCCAGGAGAGUUAUUGGUAAUAAUGGGUUCGUCAGGAGCGGGAAAAACUACAUUAUUGAAUGUUUUAACAUUCCGAUGCAGUUCUGAUGUCGUGGUAUCUGGAAAUAUUGCAAUUAAUGAACAACAAGUUAAUUCUAAUAUGUUAGCUUCUCAAAUGGCGUACGUGCAACAAGAUGACUUGUUUAUUGGAACUCUUACGGUGAACGAACACCUUUUGUUUCAAGCUCUAGUACGAAUGGAUAAAAAUAUUCCCUAUAAGCAGAGAAUUCGAAGAGUCAAUGAAGUUAUUUCAGAGCUUGCAUUAACAAAAUGUCGUAAUACUAUUAUUGGUAUACCUGGAAAGAUCAAAGGCAUAUCUGGAGGAGAAAUGAAGCGCUUAUCUUUUGCAUCAGAAGUGUUAACAGAUCCACCACUAAUGCUUUGCGACGAACCAACAUCUGGUCUUGAUUCUUAUAUGGCACAUCAAGUUAUUUCUGUAUUGAAAAAUUUGACAGGUAGAGGAAAGACAAUAAUCACAACAUUGCAUCAGCCCUCAUCUGAAUUAUUUAGUAUGUUUAGUAAAAUACUAUUGAUUGCCGAAGGACGCGUAGCUUUUAUGGGAUCAACUGAAGAAGCUGACGAAUUUUUUAAAUCGUUAGGAGCUUCAUGUCCAAAUAAUUACAAUCCAGCUGAUUUUUACAUACAAUUAUUAGCAGUAGUGCCAGGAAGAGAGUAUGCUUGUCGUCAUGCUAUACAUAAAGUUUGCGAUCAAUUUGAAUGCAGUAAUCUAGGGAAAAAAAUUUCCAACAAAGUACAAAAUAUUAUUGAUUUUGUUGAGGAGAAUCAUUACAGAAAUAAGAAUAUGCAAAUCAAAAACUUAACUUAUAAGGCGAGUUGGCUUGAACAAUUUAAAGCAGUUUUAUGGAGGUCUUGGCUAUCUGUUAUCAAAGAGCCAAUUCUAAUAAAAGUACGGCUACUUCAAACUAUUAUGGUUUCAUUGUUGAUCGGUAUUAUAUAUUUAAAUCAAAAACUUGACCAAGAUGGAGUAAUGAAUAUUAAUGGAGCACUGUUCAUAUUUCUUACAAACAUGACAUUUCAAAACGUUUUUGCAGUUAUUCAUGUUUUCUGCUCUGAAUUGCCUAUAUUUCUACGAGAACAUGCUAAUGGAAUGUAUAGAACAGAAAUAUACUUUAUAUGCAAAACUAUGGCAGAAGCACCAAUUUUUAUUGCUGUACCAUUAAUUUUUACAAUUAUCGCCUACCCGAUGAUUGGUUUGUAUCCAGAUAUAAGGCAUUUUUUCACCACAGUCGGAAUUGUCGCUUUAGUGGCCAAUGUGUCCACGUCAUUUGGUUAUUUAAUUUCAUGUACAAGUACGCAUUUGUCAAUGGCACUUUCGAUUGGGCCACCAGUGAUAAUACCAUUUUUACUGUUUGGCGGAUUCUUUCUAAAUACGGCGUAAGUUGCAAUAUAU